CCAUUUCCUAAAACGCGUCCCUCCCCUGCUCCACCUCUCUCCCUUUCUCUCUCUCUCUCUCUCUCCAGGGGAAACGCACAUUUCGUCGUCAAUCCUUCGAUUUUCCGACACCAAUCUCUCCAUCGGCUUCCCUCUCUCCGGCGAAACCUCUCUCUCUCUCUCUCUCUCUCUCUCUCGCACAUGAAACUCCGUCCGGAGAUCCAUGGAGCCUCCUCCUAACGCGCCCCUCCUCCUCGCGCCCUCCCUUCCCGCAUUAUCCAGAUCUCCCCGCCCCCACCGACAAGCCCCCGCCCUCCCGCCGACGCCGAUCUAGCGCCUCCCCGCCGACCAAUCAAGGCCCGAUUCGCUCCUCCGUCUUCCCGCGAUGAAACCCACGAGCAGAUUCUUCACGAUCGGGCUGGUCACCUCGUGGUACUCCUCCAACAUCGGGGUCCUCCUGCUCAACAAGUACCUGCUGAGCAACUAUGGGUUCAAGUACCCGAUCUUCCUCACCAUGUGCCACAUGACCGCCUGCUCCCUCCUCAGCUACAUCGCCAUCGCCUGGAUGAAGAUGGUCCCGAUGCAGACCAUCCGAUCCCGCGUCCAGCUCCUCAAGAUCACCGCCCUCAGCCUCGUCUUCUGCGUCUCCGUCGUCUUCGGCAACGUCUCCCUCCGCUUCCUCCCCGUCUCCUUCAACCAGGCCAUCGGCGCCACCACCCCCUUCUUCACCGCCGUCUUCGCCUACCUCAUCACGCUCAAGCGCGAGGCUUGGCUUACCUACCUCGCUCUCGUCCCCGUCGUCGCCGGGGUCAUCAUCGCCAGCGGGGGUGAACCGAGUUUCCAUCUAUUUGGCUUUAUCAUGUGUGUGGCAGCUACUGCAGCACGGGCAUUGAAAUCUGUUCUGCAAGGAAUCCUCCUUUCUUCUGAAGGGGAAAAGCUGAAUUCUAUGAAUCUGUUAUUGUACAUGGCUCCCAUAGCUGUGGUGUUUCUGCUCCCUGCAACACUUUUAAUGGAAGAAAAUGUGGUUGGCAUUACCCUAGCUUUGGCAAGAGAGGAUUUUAGGAUCAUUUGGUAUCUGCUUUUCAAUUCAUCACUCGCAUAUUUUGUCAACUUGACCAACUUUUUGGUUACAAAACAUACCAGCGCUCUGACUCUCCAGGUGCUGGGAAAUGCAAAAGGUGCUGUAGCAGUGGUGGUGUCAAUCUUGAUUUUCAGGAAUCCUGUGUCCGUCACAGGAAUGCUAGGCUACUCCUUAACCGUCUUAGGAGUUAUACUCUACAGUGAAGCCAAAAAGAGGAGCAAAUCAUAAUUAUUCAAGGAAGAAUUAGCCCUAUAUUUGUUUUCCAGCACGGGAUAUUUAGUGGAGGCAAGUUGGGCUUGUGCUAGCUGCUGGUGAAGGUUUCGCCUAUCAUUCUAUUUUUUCCCCCUGGAAGCCUGGAGAUGGUUUCCACUGUGUUAGCAACAAUUAGACAAGAUUAGUCCAAAGUAGAAAAUUCAAUAAGUGAAUGAUUUGUCUCUUAUAUUUCCAGUUUUUGGGGUUGUGGAGAUACAUCAUUUUCUUUUAUAUUCUUUUAUAGUGGCUGUAGAAUUGAGUAUCAACACAACCAAUCUGUUAUUGAUGUUUCUUACAGUGAUUAAUUAAUGAAAGGAGCUCAUGAUUUUAAUU